AGAGCGAGGUGACAUACAGCGUGGUGGCGGGCGGCGUCGGUGGCGUAUUUGUGGUGGACGCUCGCGCGGGCGGCCUCACCCUGACGACGCCGCUUGACUUCGAGGCCAGACAGAGUUAUGAGGUGGUGGUGGAGGGGCAGGCGGGGGUGGAGCGCGCCUACGCCCACGUGAUGGUGCUGGUGACGGACGUGAACGACGAGCCGCCCGCCUUCUCGCGCCCGCUCUACGAGACGCAGAUCACGGAGGAGGACGACCGCCAUCUGCCCAAGCCCAUCCUGCAGGUGGCGGCGGUGGACCGGGACGCGAGCGACGAAGGGCGUCUGCGCUACAUGCUGCGGGGGAGACGGCGGCGGCGGCGGAGGAGGCAACAGGUUCUCCAUCAACGAGACGUCCGGCCACAUCCAGCUGCUCAGGGUAGGAUCGCCGCGCUCAUCAUUGGCCUAUUAGUAUCUCUCUCUAUCUGUCAGUCUGUCUUUACACUUAUCUGCAUCUGUGUGUAUUUAUAUAAAUACAUAUAU